GCAGAUGGAGUUAUCUUUCUUCGUUAUCUUCGUUAUAUUAAACCAACACAGCCCAGUGACUGCUAAUCUAGCUUGUGAAUCUGAUCAAAGCGAGAAUGACGGGUCCUGUUAUUAUUUCUCAGAAAGCGAGUCAAACUUCGCCACGUCAAAAUCGUCCUGCGAGGACCUUGGAAUGCAUCUUGUCUCCAUAGGAUCACAGGAAGAACAAAACUUCAUGCAGAGUAGCAUAUCAUCUGGUAAUAAAGAGCUUUGGAUAGGUUUAUCCCGACUGACCUGGAUAGAUGGCUCAAGCUUGGACUACAACAAUUUCGCAAACGGUGAAUACGACAAUUACCUCGCAUCUCAGAUCUUUGAUGACGGAGGAAUUUGUUUCGAAAUGACAGGACUACAAUCUCAAUGGUUUGACAGCAGCUGUUCCGGGGCGUCCUAUUACAUUUGUGAAAAUGAAAUAGAAGACAAUGCCGGUACGUACAGAAAAUUGAGUAUAAACUAA